CCGGGGCCGGGGCUGGGCCGGUGGCGGCGGGGCCGCGGCCGGUGGCGGCGGCGCGGCGCGGCGGGGCCGCUGGGCCUCCCGCAAGAUGUCCUCGCAGGGCAGGUUCAAGAAGGACAAGGAGAUCAUCGCCGAGUACGAGGCGCAAGUCAAGGAAAUCCGCACUCAGCUGGUGGAGCAGUUCAAAUGCCUGGAGCAGCAGUCGGAGUCACGCCUGCAGCUGCUGCAGGACCUGCAGGAGUUCUUCCGCAGGAAGGCUGAGAUAGAGCUGGAGUACUCCAGGAGCCUGGAGAAGCUGGCUGAGCGGUUCUCCUCCAAGAUACGCAGCUCCAGAGAGCACCAGUUCAAGAAAGAUCAGCACCUGCUUUCCCCUGUGAACUGCUGGUACCUGGUUCUGACACAGACCCGUCGAGAGAGCAGAGAUCAUGCCACCCUGAAUGACAUCUUCAUGAACAAUGUCAUCGUCCGGCUGUCGCAGAUCAGUGAGGAUGUCAUCAGGCUCUUUAAAAAGAGCAAGGAAAUUGGCUUACAGAUGCAUGAAGAACUCUUGAAAGUCACCAACGAGCUUUACACGGUGAUGAAGACCUACCACAUGUAUCAUGCAGAAAGCAUCAGUGCUGAGAGCAAGCUGAAGGAGGCAGAGAAGCAGGAGGAAAAGCAGUUCAACAAGUCAGGGGACAUCAGUGUGAAUCUGCUGCGGCACGAGGACAGGCCUCAGCGGCGGAGCUCCGUCAAGAAGAUCGAGAAGAUGAAGGAGAAGAGACAAGCCAAAUAUUCUGAAAACAAGCUGAAGUGUACAAAAGCCAGGAAUGACUACCUGCUGAACCUGGCAGCCACCAACGCAGCUGUCAGUAAAUACUACAUCCACGAUGUCUCCGACCUCAUUGAUUGCUGUGACCUGGGGUUCCAUGCCAGCCUCGCUCGGACGUUCAGGACUUACCUGUCUGCAGAGUAUAACCUGGAAACCUCCCGCCACGAGGGCCUGGACAUCAUCGAGAAUGCCGUGGACAACCUGGAUGCACGGAGUGACAAGCACACCAUCAUGGACAUGUGCAACCAGGUCUUCUGUCCUCCGCUCAAGUUCGAGUUCCAGCCCCACAUGGGCGACGAGGUGUGUCAGGUCAGCGCCCAGCAGCCUGUGCAGACCGAGUUGCUGAUGCGGUACCACCAGCUGCAGUCACGACUGGCCACCCUCAAGAUAGAGAACGAAGAGGUACGAAAAACUCUGGAUGCCACAAUGCAGACUUUGCAGGACAUGCUGACAGUGGAAGAUUUUGAUGUUUCAGAUGCCUUCCAGCAUAGCCGCUCCACUGAGUCGGUCAAAUCAGCUGCUUCAGAAACCUACAUGAGUAAAAUAAACAUCGCCAAGAGGAGAGCCAACCAACAGGAAACUGAGAUGUUCUAUUUUACAAAAUUUAAAGAGUAUUUGAAUGGCAGUAAUCUUAUCACGAAGCUCCAGGCUAAACACGACUUGCUGAAGCAGACUCUUGGGGAAGGUGAAAGAGCAGAAUGCGGAACAACCAGGCCCCCAUGUCUUCCCCCUAAGCCACAGAAAAUGAGGAGACCUAGGCCUCUCUCAGUCUAUAAUCAUAAACUCUUUAACGGCAAUAUGGAAACGUUCAUUAAGGAUUCAGGACAAGCUAUUCCACUUGUAGUAGAAAGCUGCAUUCGUUACAUCAACUUGUAUGGCCUUCAACAACAGGGUAUUUUUAGAGUUCCUGGCUCCCAGGUCGAAGUCAACGACAUCAAGAAUUCCUUUGAAAGAGGUGAAGAUCCCCUUGCUGAUGAUCAAAAUGAACGUGACAUUAACUCAGUGGCUGGAGUCUUGAAGCUGUAUUUCCGAGGACUGGAAAACCCCCUCUUUCCUAAGGAAAGGUUUCAAGAUUUGAUAUCUACUAUAAAAAUUGAGAAUCCCACCGAGAGAGUGCAUCAGAUUCAGCAAAUCAUCAUCACUCUGCCCCGGGCUGUCAUCGUUGUCAUGAGAUAUCUUUUUGCUUUCCUCAAUCACUUGUCACAGUACAGCGAUGAGAACAUGAUGGAUCCCUACAACCUGGCCAUCUGCUUUGGGCCCACUCUGAUGCACAUUCCAGAUGGGCAGGAUCCGGUGUCCUGCCAAGCCCAUGUCAAUGAGGUCAUCAAAACCAUCAUCAUCAACCACGAGGGCAUCUUCCCCAGCCACAGAGAGCUGGAAGGACCUGUCUACGAGAAGUGCAUGACUGGAGGGGAGGAGUACUGUGACAGCCCCCACAGCGAGCCAGGCACAAUUGACGAAGUUGACCAUGACAAUGGCACGGAGCCACACACCAGUGAUGACGAAGUGGAGCAGAUUGAAGCCAUAGCAAAGUUUGACUACAUUGGACGAUCUCCACGAGAGCUGUCCUUUAAGAAGGGGGCCUCACUCCUCCUGUACCAUCGGGCCUCAGAAGACUGGUGGGAAGGGAGACACAACGGUGUGGAUGGUCUCAUACCCCACCAGUACAUUGUGGUGCAAGACAUGGAUGAUGCUUUCUCCGACAGCCUGAGUCAGAAGGCAGACAGUGAGGCGAGCAGCGGGCCUCUGCUGGAUGACAAAGCCUCCUCAAAGAACGACAUCCAGUCGCCGACAGAUCAUAUUGUGGACUACGGCUUCGGCGGAGUAAUGGGCCGAGUGAGAUUGAGGUCUGACGGCGCAGCUAUCCCUCGCCGUCGAAGCGGGGGGGACACCCACAGCCCGCCCCGAGGGAUGGGUCCUGGCAUAGACACUCCUCCUCGAGCAGCUGCCUGCCCUAGCAGCCCCCACAAAAUACCUCUAAACAGAGGCAGGAUUGAGAGCCCCGAAAAGCGCAGAAUGGCGACAUUCGGCAGUGCAGGGAGCAUCAAUUUCCCAGACAGGAAGGCCUUGUCUGAUGGCCACCCGCUGAGAUCGACCUGUGGAUCGACUAGACACAGUAGUCUCGGAGAUCAGAAAUCUCUAGAAGCAGAAGCGCUUGCUGAGGACAUCGAGAAGACCAUGAGCACAGCGCUGAACGAGCUGCGGGAGCUGGAGCGGCAGAACACGGCCAAGCAGGCUCCCGACGUGGUGCUGGACACGCUGGAGCCCAUGAAGAACCCCCCGCUGGGCGCCGCCAACUCGGAGCCCGCCAGCCCCCUCCACACCAUCCUGAUCCGCGACCCCGAUGCCGCCAUGCGGCGCAGCAGCAGCUCCACCACGGAGAUGAUGACCACGUUCAAGCCGGCCCUGUCGGCCCGGCUGGCCGGCGCGCAGCUGCGGCCCCCGCCCAUGCGGCCGGUGCGGCCAGUGGUGCAGCACCGCUCCAGCAGCAGCAGCAGCUCGGGGGUGGGCAGUCCCGCCGUCACCCCCACCGAGAAGCUCUUCCCCAGCAGCUCGGCGGAUAAAUCGGGCACCAUGUAGGCUGGGCGCGGGGAGCGCCGCGGGGCGGGGGGAGCGGGGACGGCGCCUCCGCCCGGCCUCGCUCGGCCGAAGGGCGGGUCAGCAUCGUGCUCCCGAGCAGACUCCCGGGGGGGGAGCGAGUGCAUCGCCUCGGCCUGACUGGUGGUACAUACCUAGGUGCGUGUGCGUGUGCGCACGUGUGUACGCGCACACCCCCAUCCGUGUGGAAACUCUUCCCAAGCUUGCAGCCCUGCGGCAGAAGGAGACGGCAGGUCUACAUGUUGUCACUGGAGAAUACACAUUAUAUGUAGAAGUAUAUAUUACAAAAGUGUACAGAAUUUGGUGACUUUUUUUUUUUAAAAAGUAGAUUUACCUCAGAAACUGGCUCUGAAACAUCCUCGCUAGAGAUGCUGGGUUGUGUUUUUUUUUUUUUUGUUGCUUUGUUUUUUUUCCCCCCAGGCUGUUUGCGUGUGCGUGCGUGGAAAUACAUUGCAACCGUGUGUCGAGCAAUACAAGGCCGAUCCUGAGAGUUAUAUUCUGCAACUCUUGGCAUUUAAAAAGAGAAAAAAAAGGAAGAUACAAUGGGUUUUAUUCACUACUUGGCCUAUGGAGAAGAGCUGAAAAUGCAUAAAUGACAGCAGUGUUCGUCAGGCCGGCUGGGAGUCUUCUCAAGCCGAGUCCUGAGACUCCUUUGUGCGCACCGUGACGGCCCGGCCGGCAGGACCGGGCGCUCCCCAGGCUCUGCAGGGCGAGGAGCAUCGCUGCUGCCCCAGUCACAGCGCAGCGCUGGGGGGCGAGCGGGGUCCUCUGAACUGCAAUUUUCUUGAAGACUUCAGAAUGAACAAGGACUGGUGACAAACCUGUGGUAAAGCAUAAACAGAGUAACAUACAGUUCUGAGAUGCUUCAUUUCACUUUCCCCAUACACUUUGUUUUUGGUUUUGUUUUUAAACUAAUGAAUAUCUCAACAAAUGGGACUAAACAGGCAAGGAGGCUUUGGUACAGUAACGCUCCUUUAUUUAAAGUUGCACAGCAGUACAUGAGGGUCUUGAUUCAGAUUGCGUCUUCUUGCAUGAAAAGCAUGAGCCAUAUUUGACCAUAUCAGAUGCGUAACCGAUCUGAUGGGGUGAUAUUUUGCACUUUCUGUACUGUACUAUAUAAUACAACAGUUUGAGUUUAUGCAAAAUAAUUUACAUUUUGUUUUUCCUCUAAACAUUUAACCCAGAGAAAAAAAAAUAUGCAGAAAGAGCUGGGGAUUGCAUGGUAUUUUGUCUGAUAACCAAGUCUCUCUGUAAUGCUGAAAUCAAGACACUCUGUACUUCUCCUGCAGUUUUUUUCUUCUUGUACAGAUUUCCACGCAAUGACCUGUGCUUUAAUUUGGUCCCUUCCACGUGAUCACACACAACCCCAGCGUGAAACAGGCCAUCGUGAGUCUCAGCUGCACAGAAAUCUGCGCUAACAGCUCCUUCAUGUCCAUCCCCUCCUCUCAGUAUCUGACUUCUGUCUGUCCCUCAGCAAGCCCUCCUGCCUCAUCUAGCGGUCAUCUUCCCCCGUCCACAGCUUUUUUUCUCCCGUCAACCUCCUCUCCUCUCUCCGAGCCGGUGGGCCGAUGCCGGGUUGUGCUGUCACAGCCACGGCCGCCCUCGGUGCGGGCGCGCGGCGCCAGCCCCUCCGGGCAGGAGGGCUGCUGCUUUCCGUGUCCGGUGCCCGAGCAUGUGUCCCUGCCACACCUGCCUCUCCGGCUGUCUCUCGCCUGGUCCGGUCCGUUUAUGUAUCGCUGUACUUGCUUCAGUGCUGGAAAGUAACUGUUAAAAUGUAAGCUGUACAAAAUAUAGGGUAAGAUUAGAUGAAAGCCAAUGCCACUCACCAAAUCUUUGCACUUAGUAGAUAGAUCAAUGUAAAAAGUAAUGUUAAAGAAAUAAAAAAACAGAAACCUAACCUUUCAGUGUACAGUGUGGGGGAAAAAGUACUGUAUGUAGUGGUUCUGUCAUUGUUCCUCAGUAUAAUGCUAUAAGGGGAAAUGGUGUUUACGUACUUGUCUAUUAACAUAGUUGACAUUUGUAAUUACCACAAUUAGUUCAUAUUGAUGUUUAUUUUUCUUCAUAGUUUUUCCCCCCCUUUCCUAAACUUAGACUAACCCCGAGGUCAACGCCUCUGUCAUUAUGGGCAGCAGAUGUUCACACAGUCUGUUCUAGCAAUGAACCAGCAAAUGGGCUCUUAGGGGAGGGAAGAAACCCACUUGGCACGAGAGUUGUGUAUUCGUUGCCAGUAACUUCUUUUUUUUUUCCAUUUAGUUCUUGGAGAACAUUCACUUUGCCAGUCGUCUGUUUUUUUUAUAUACUUUCAAAUACGACUUGAUAGCAAAACCAUGUUUAUUGUUUUUUCUUUUUUCCCUUCUUUUAAAGAUACGGUACAAAUUCCAGUGUUUUUCUAUUAAAUUAUUGCAUUUGUUUUCCUUUGUUUUGUUUUGUUGUGGGUUUUUAAUACAAUUGUUUUCUUAUCUUUAAGUGCCUUUUUGAGCACCAGAACAAAUGCUUGGAAUUAAUGUACUUGGAGCUGUACACAUCAUGAUUUCCUUUGUACAGUUACGUUGUGCUGUGGGUGAUUGCUUUUAAAAUCCUUUUAAAUUUUUUUUAAAGAAAAGAAAAACCAAGACAUUUUGUUGAAGAAUAAACUACCCCUUUUUAAUACGGUAUUCCAAUUGUAGUUUUAACUACUGUAAAUUUAAGGGGGAAAAAUGUAUUUUUCUGUAACUUGGCACAAAAUUUAAACACAUUGUAGGAGUAUCAUAACUGGAACCCACUCACGUUUUAUGAGUGACUUUAUCCUGAUCCUUGAUACCUCUUUAAAGGCUCAAAGACUGUAGGCUUUAAGAGUUCCUAGAGCUGUUCACUCAAGCUGUGAAAAUUUGCAGCCUAGCAGCGGUUAGGGGACGCCGGGCAAGCCCCGAGGAGGAAGAGGAGGGCAGCUCCACGGGGUUGUUUCUCUGCUGUGCAGAGCCGGUGCCACCCUCCCGGGGGUCCCUGCGGGUCGCCCGGGACCGCAGCUGCCCCCGCCGAGCUGCUCCCGAGGCAGCUCCGUGCUCGGCCCAGGUGUCCGGGCCCGGCAGUGCCGCUGCAGGGCCGUUGUGCCCCGGCCCCUCUCUUCUAUGCGCUGGCUUUGGCGAGGAGUGCGAGCACGUCUGUCCCCGGGCGGUGAUGGCAGUGCGCUUUCCUUCCUUAGGCUGAAGUACACCCGACAGAUCACUUCUGUAAAUCCUGGGCUGUGUUAUUUAACUAGCAGUGUUGUGGUUUUCACGGUGCGGCACUAGGUGUCCCGAGUCUGAUCUGCUUCUGAGUGGCUGGGUUGCGUAGUCUGAGGGGUUUUUUGGUUGUGCCAGGAAACCUUAGGACCCUGCUGGUUGGCUGCCCUUCCUAACGGUCGUCGUCCUCCCUGUGGGUGUUGUCUCUGUAACGUAUGGUGAGAUGCCGUUCAGCUAGAGUGUCUGAUUGGGUCCUCUGUCCUGUAUGCUGAUGAUGCCAUGUAGAUGGAGCCACUGGUCGGAUGUGGACUCAUCCUGUUGAAUAAAACUGCUUAACUUUUCUCAAAAACA